AUGUGGAUCCGGAAUUUGUUGCGGUCAAUGUUAUUAGGAGUACCCAUCGGCGUCACAUUUCUUGAUACCAUCGGCUAUGUGGCGAGGGUUGAAGGUAUAUCUAUGCAACCAGCACUUAAUCCGGAGUCUAAAAAUACAGACUAUGUUUUUCUAUCAAGAUGGGCAGUGAAAGAUUAUAGCAUUCAUAGGGGAGACAUAAUUUCUCUUGUGUCUCCUAAAGAUCCAAAUCAGAAAAUUAUAAAAAGAGUAGUUGCACUAGAAGGUGAUAUUGUGAGUACAUUAGGUUAUAAGAACCAGUAUGUGCGUGUGCCAGAAGGUCAUAUCUGGGUGGAAGGAGAUCAUACGGGACAUACUUUAGAUAGUAAUACUUUUGGUCCAGUUUCUUUAGGAUUAGUAAAUGCAAGAGCUAUUUGUAUAGUCUGGCCUCCUGAGCGCUGGCAAGCCCUUGAAGCAAAGAUUCCUAACCACAGAAAACCAGUGAGCACACAAAAAUGA